AUGAGUAACGAAAAUAUUGUAUAUGAACUAUUACAAAAUGCUUCAACUGCGGAAAAAGUGUUAGAUUCUAUAAAGGUAAAUAAUUUUUGGAUUAAAGAAUACAUGACUGAUAAUGCGGUAAUUAAUGGUGACAAUGCUGAAUAUUAUUCUUCUAAUCCCGCGGCAGGAGUAAAAUAUAAAACCAAGAUUACCAAGGAUAUGUUAAGAAUUGCCACUGGUGAUCCUAGCAAGGCAGAAAUGAUUGCUGCUUUACAAGCUAAUAAUUUGAAAAAAAAAUUGGAUAUGGAAAUAAUGGAUGAGUGUGUUAAGGUGGUUUGCAAAAAGGAAAAUUUUGCUGAUGAUGCCUAUUUAGAAAUGGAAGAAGAAGAUUUUAAAGAUCCUGGUAAAUUUUUAAAACAAAUAUUUAUAUUUGGCGAAGCAAUGAAGCAUCCGACUGACAAAUACAAUAAGGGUUUUAAAAAAAAAGGUUCUAGUGAUUAUGAAAGAACUAUCUAUGCUUCAGGAAGUCUAAAAAACCAAGUAAUAAUUCUAAAUACUGAGAAAAAAACUGAUUUAAGGAUAGAAGGCUCCAAAACUUACAAUUAUUCUUUAGUGGAUUUAGAAGGAGAAUUUAAGGAAGUUUAUGAUGCUAUUUUACCUGAUGCUCAUGAAAAUGAUCCGUUGACUAGUAAGGUUUCCUUACCCGGAUUCGUAGUAGGAGGACCAGUUUCUUUUGCCAAUAUGGCAGCAAUUGUUUGCAAAAAAGGAAAAACUUCUUCCAAGAAAAAUCUCCUCAUUGAUUUUGUUUCUAUUUCCGACAAAAAAAAAACCAUGACCAAAAGCCAAGCCGAAGAUUUUGCCCAAGUUAAAGACUGGAUUUCUGUAGGUCUAGAAUGUGGAGAUGCUAAAUUCGCCAAUUGGAUGGUUAAGGUUAAAAGUAAAUCAGAAACUAAGUUUAAAGAGUAUUUAGACCCAACUUGGUGUUUGAAUAAUUUAGGCAAAAGUAACCACAAAAAUUUAGAGGAAUUAAAAACAGAAGCCGGAAAAAAAGAAUUGAUUACACACGGAAAAGUCGCAGCUGUUUACUACGGAACGAAAUUUUUAAUAGCCAACAUAAAUAAUGUAGAAAGUAAUUUUGAAGGAGAAAUAACCAAACUAGAACUUACUUUUCUCGGUGAUGAUAAAAUUAGAGAUUUUUCAAAUAAACAAGAAAGGGUAGUCAUUUUUAGAAACAAUGUUUUACAAAAGGGAGAUUUUGCUAAUUUAGUCAACGAAACUAAAAAAAUGGAUAUGUAUUUAGAGUUAAUAAGACAUAGUUUAGAAAUGACUAAGGAUACUUUGACAGUUAAAACUAAAGGCAAACUUUCAACAAAGGCAGAGCAAAGUAUUGUAGCAGGUUUGGCGAAAGGCAAAGUGGUUAAUAUUUAUUACGAGGAUAAAAGAACUAAACAACCAAUCCGCCAUAUUGAUUCAGCCGAUAAAUUUUCUAGAACUAACAAUCCCGAAGUUUAUUCUAAUUUAGCAAGUUAUUGGGCUUGGGAAAAAGAAAGAGGAAAAGAACGAGUAGUAGGAAUUAGAGAAUUUAUGGAAAAGUUUCCAGAAGAAGCCGAAUUAGAGAAGUUUAAAAAAACCCAAAACGCUGAGCAAAAAUCAGCCAAUCAAGCCUAUUUUAAACAAUUAAUUAAGGCUGAACUGGCUAAAUUACUUAAAAAUCAGCCUCAAGGAGUAGAUAAAGCCCAAAUCAUCCCUCUUUUAGAAGAAAAUCUUAAAAACACUGCCAAUCUUAAUAAACUUUUUGAUCCUCUUAAAAAAGAGGUUGAAAAUAAACUAGCCGAAGCCAGUAAUCAAAUUAAAACUAAACUUCAAACUGUCGAUACUAAAUUAGCCGAAGUUGAUACUAAUAUUGAACAAAAACUCGGUGGACCAGAAAAGUUUCGAGACGGAGUUUAUAAAUCUGAAGAAGAAAUUAUUGCAGUUUCUUUAAAAGCCCUGGAAAACAAAGGUCCAUUAUUAAGAAAACUCCGUAAUAUUAUCGGAGAAAAAGAAUUUAAUCCCGAAGAACCAGGCGAAGGAGUUCCGCCAGGAAGGGAAGGAAUGCGGGUAGACCCUGAAGCAAUCGCUCUUCAACAAGCGGAGCAAAAAGCUAGAAUUGAUGCUAUUGAGAGCCCUAAUGGUUUAAUUGGUGAUGAUAAAAAAAUUGAAACUUAUACUACUGAAACUGUAGUAAAAGGCCAAAGUUAUAAAAAAUCUAUCCAAAAAAUAGACCCUUUAAAGCAUUUAGCCCCCGAGGUAAAAAAAGCCCAUGAUUUCAUAGUUAAAAGAAUAGAUUUAGAAACUGUUUUAGAUAAUUUUCCUAAGGAUGAAGAAAUCGGUAAAGAAAUUUACGAUGAAAAAACUGUUCCUGACACUAUCAAUUAUGAAGAGUUAAGAGGGUUAAGAGAUAAGAAAAUUAAAGAACUCUUUAAACAGUAUUUUCAAGGUCAAAAUCCUACUAAAUUAGAUGAUAAGGCUAUCGAAUUUCCGGCUGAAAUUAAAGAGGCUAAAACCACUUACCAAGGAAUUGCUGAUAUUGAAGUCUUAAAAGUAAAAAAGCAAGAUAUUGAUAAUGAAAUUGUUAAAGUUAAUAACUUAGUUAAGCAAAUCAAUUCUUAUCAAUUUUUAAGAGAUUUAGAUAAAGAACAAGUCAAUAUUGAUAAACAGUUUGAGGAAUUACAGAGAAAUUUAUUACCUCCUAAAAAAGAUGAAGAAAUCAAAACUGCCGUAGAAAAACAACGCCAAAACCUCUGA